CGUAACUGGCUAACAGGGAAGAAAGCAGAAACAAGAAACGCGAAGGCUAAACAACUCGGCACUUCGCGGUCUUGCAAAAAUCAAGACUCGGCCGGGAUUUCGCCCUUGACCCGUCUCGUAUUUCAGCGACGCCUUAGGCGCCGCCUCUCUUCGGUCACAUGACCCGCCGAACCACACCCACAAAACCAUAAACACGGAGGUCUGUCAGCACGUCAAGCCGCGACAAAACAAAACAAAAAACAACAACAACCCAAAAAAAAACGACAUUUUCCGCACUGAGCUAACUCAACGCCGACCGAAAGGACCCACACGCUCACCUGUCAAGCAGACAGGCCGUCUCAAUGCAUCGUAGAGGACCGAAGACGCCGACAUCAUGGACGCGUACGAUUUGUUUACAAGUUGCAAAAAGGGCGACAUUUGUAGAGUGAGGUGUCUCGUUGAACAACGAGAUGUGGAUCUCAAUGUAAGAGAUAACUGGGACAGUACGCCGUUGUACUAUGCAUGUCUCUGUGGUCACGAGGAGCUAGUCCAGUACUUGUUGGCGAAAGGUGCCAAGUGUGAAGCCAACACAUUUGAUGGCGAGCGAUGUAUGUAUGGUUCCCUCAGUGAUUCUAUUCGACGUCUGCUCAAAGAUUACAAGUGUAUCAGUUCCCAAACCAUGCAACGUGACUAUUUUGACCACUUUCUGCACAUGUUACUUGAACAAGGUCAAUACAGUGAUGUCAAGUUCCUGGUUCAUGGAGAGACAUUUCCUGCUCACCGCUGCAUUCUCAGUGCACGCUCGGAAUAUUUCUCCGCUAUGUUCGAAACCAAAUGGAAAGGGAAGGACAUGAUCACCCUGAAGCACCCUCUGAUUAACCCUGCAGCCUUUGGAGCCCUGUUGCAGUACUUCUAUACAGGACGCAUGGACAUUGAUGUAAGCCUUGUGGAGGACUGCAGACGACUGGCCAAACAGUGCAAAAUGGGAGCUCUUAUAGAGGAGUUGGAGAAUAAAUGUAAACAGGUGUAUGAAUUUGUUUCCAAUAAGCCAGGAACCUGUGUGAAGGUGCUCACCCUGGAGCCUCAGAACUGCCGACUCCAGGAGGAGAUGGCUCAACUGGCAGACUGUGCCAUUCCCGCAGAACUGAGGGUCGGAUUUGGUGAACUUCCCUUUGACAGAGUCGACAACUUCCCCAGUUAUCCUGACAUUUGCUUCAGUGUUGACCAAUACAAUUUCUUAUGCCAUAAGGCUUUUUUCUGUGGACGCAGUGAUUACUUUAAAGCCUUGCUGGAGGACCAUUUCAGUGAGGGUGACGUGCUCCAGUCCCAGCCCAGCACCCCAGUGCUCACACUCCACAACAUCUCCCAUGAAAUCUUUAUCUCCCUCCUUUACUACAUCUAUAGUGAUGACACAGAGUUAUCUCCAGACACCGUUUUUGACAUACUUUGUGUGGCUGACAUGUACCUGCUCCCGGGGCUGAAGCGUCUGUGUGGGAAGACCCUAGCAAAGAGUUUGUGUGAGGAAAACGUUCUCCACAUGUGGAAGACGGCUAAGCUUUUCUGCCUGUCUCGCCUAGAAGACCAGUGCACCGAGUUCAUGGCCAAGAUUAUAGAGAAGCUGGUAGACCAUGCCGAGUUUGCCGAGAUGAUCAAGGAGGAUGCCGCGUCCGUGGAGGAAAGGCACAAGACAGACUCCAUCCCCUUGGUUGACGACAUCCGCUACCACAUUGCCAGCAAUGUCCAGACCUACAGUGCUAUAGAGGAGGCCAACCAGAAGCUGGGGGCCCUGGAGGGGUUGCUGCUCAGCAUUGACUUGGAGUGCUGAAGGAAAGGUAAGGACCGCUG